UUUAAACAUGGCGGACACAGCAGCCCGUACCACUGCAACUGCUGUGGUUAUGCGCAGAUCCUCAUGGCUCUCUGCGUCAGGCAUUCCUAAAGAACUCCAGACCAAAGUGGAGGAUCUCCCCUUUGAUAAGGACAAACUCUUUUCCAAAAAAACUGAUGAACUCCUCCACACCAUGAAAGAUUCGAGAGCAACACUGCGCUCCCUGGGCAUUCACCCAUCUCUUCCCAGGAGACAACGAUACCAACCCUACCAAAGACCAUGCACACAUCAGUACUAUCGCCCUCAACCCAGACAAUAUGACACAACUAGGAAUCGUAUUAGACCCCCCAAACGCAGACAAAAUCAAAAUCAAGCCACCACCUUCCGUCCACCGGGCAAUAAACAACAGUUUUGAAACGUUGGUCGAGCGUUUGCACGACCACCCUCUGAUUCCACCGCUUACUUGCCCAUUUGGCCACCGCCUCCAGAAUUUCCAACAUGCCUGGCAGCGGAUUACACAGGGCUUCUGGGUCCUCAAAAUAGUUCAGACCGGUUACUCCAUCCCUUUUAUAUCCUACCCUCCUACCCUUCCCCCUUCCCCGUCCCUCUUCAGGGACCCUUCUCACGAGCAAUUACUUCGCACAGAAGUGGCACAUCUUCUGCAACUAGGCGCAGUGGAACCUGUGCCAACGCAACACCAAGGGACAGGUUUCUACUCCCAUUACUUUCUAACGCAGAAAAAGACCGGGGGAUGGAGGCCUAUACUAGACCUACCCCGACUGAACAAAUUCAUGAGGACACAAAGAUUCAAGAUGGUCACACUGGGCACAAUAAUACCUGCAUUGGAUCAAGGUUCACAGCCCUCGACCUACAAGAUGCUUACUUCCAUAUAUCAAUUCAUCCAGCUCACAGACGCUUCCUACAAUUCACAAUUGGUCAGGAUCAUUUUCAAUACAGAGUUCUUCCUUUCGGACUCUCCACAGCUCCAAGAGUUUUUUCCAAGACCCUAGCCGUGGUUGUGGCUCACAUCCGCAAACAGGUGGUCACACUGUUCCCCUACCUGGAUGAUUGCCUCAUCAAGGGCGACUCCUAUGGCGAGACACUUCAAGCCACGCGUUUCGCCAUCUCCCUCUUUCACAGCCUAGGCCUCCAAAUAAACAUCCAAAAAUCCACCCUGACACCUACGCAACAGAUCGAGUUCAUCGGAGCUCAUCUCGACUCAACCCAGAGCAGGGCCUCGCUCCCAUACAACAGAUUCCUCGCUAUCACGCAGCUCAUACGCACGCUAUCACGCAGCUCAUACGCACGCUCAUACGCACGCUCAUUCGUCCCAGGACGCAAGCAAGAAUCUGCCUACAGCUCCUUGGUCACAUGGCAGCCACCGCCUUUGUGGUUCAACAUGCCAGGCUACAUAUGAGAUGCCUCCAGGGCUGGCUCAACUCCAGUUUCAAACCCAGCAGACAUCCCUUAGGGAUGCUGUUAACUCCUCCUCCCAAUGUUAUAACUUCCCUACAAUGGUGGACAAGUCCAGAAAACCUCUGCACAGGGGUUUCCUUCCAGCAACGAUCCCCAACGCUCAUGCUCACCACAGACGCUUCCCUGAUCGGUUGGGGAGCGCAUCUAGGGGAACACCGGACACAAGGCCGGUGGUCCGCAUCAGAGACGCAUCUACACAUAAAUCUCUUAGAGCUCAGAGCAGUGAGGAGAGCAUGCCUUCACUUUCUUCCCCUCAUAAAGAACAAGUACCUGCAGGUCUUAACAGACAACAUAGCAUGUAUGUAUUACAUAAACAGACAAGGGGGAGCCUGAUCACAUUCCCUUUGCAUGGAAGCCAUUCGACUAUGGAAUUGGUGCAUAUGACAUCGAAUACAGAUCAUUGCUUCCUACCUACCAGGCUGCCACAACACUACUGCCGCCGCACUCAGCAGGCACUUCUCGACAGAACACGAAUGGGACUGCACCCCGCAAUACUCCAACAGCUUUUCUCCCACUGGGGCACCCUGUCAAUAGAUGUCUUCGCCACGACCCAAAACCAAAAAUGCCCCGUUUUGCUCCAGGGCAGGACUCGGGACUGCAUCCCUAGGGGAUGCAUUCCUCAUCCCAUGGAACAACUACCUCCUGUACACCUUCCCACCUAUCCCUCUGCUACACAGGGUUCUUCGGAAGAUCGCGGACGACAAGGCCCAGGUCAUCCUUAUUGCCCCGGCUUGGCCAAGACAGAUGUGGUAUCCCUACCUUCUCCUCAUGUCCUCCCGUCACCCAUGGGCUCUCCCCAACAGGCCAGACCUCCUUUACCAGGACAACGGACGAGUUCUUCACCCCCAGCUCCAAAAGCUCCACCUCACAGCCUGGUUCCUUCAUGGUUCCAAACCCAUGAACUAGCCUGUUCCGAGCAAGUCCAAUAUGUCCUCCUGCACAGUAGGAAAGACUCCACUCGUAAAACCUACUUGCAGAAGUGGAAGCGUUUCGCUCUUUGGUGCUCACAUAAACAUUUAGCACCCAAUAACGUGACCUUCCCUAACAUUCUAGAUUACCUCCUGAAACUAAAACAGGACGGACUUCCGCUCAGCUCCAUCAAAGUGCACCUGGCGGCGCUUACCACCUUCCAUGACUUAUUGGAUGGGUACUCACUCUUUACACACCCCACCAUUAAACGCUUUCUCACCGGCCUGCAAAAUCUCUACCCUGAAAUUCACCCAACAGUGGCUACAUAGAAUCUUAACCUCGUUCUUCAUGCUCUCAUGAAACCUCCAUUUGAGCCCUUGGCUACCUCCUCUCAUCUCCAUAUGUCCAUGAAGGUGGCUUUCCUAGUUGCCAUAACAUCAGCAAGGAGAGUUGGUGAAAUGAGUGCUCUGAUGGCCCACCUUCCCUACACAAACUUCUCCAAAGAUAAAGUCACUUUGAGACCACAUCCUAAAUUUCUUCCUAAGGUGGUGUCGACCUUCCACCUAAACCAACCUCUAUAUUUACCUACUUUCUAUCCCAAACCUCACAAAACUCCACAAGACGCAACCCUGCAUAUUCUCAAAGUCAGGCGAGCAAUUGCCUUUUGUUUAGACAGGACCAAACCAUUUCGCAAGUCUCCACAACUCUUUGUUUCUAUUGCCGAAAGAUCGAAAGGCACGGCUAUCUCUAAACAACGUCUAUCCAAGUGGAUCUCUGACUGCAUCAGAUCCUGUUACAGUGCGAAGAAUCUUCAACCACCCGACGACAUGAGAACUCAUUCCACUAGAGCCAUGUCGGCAUCCAUUGCCUUCCUACAUAACGUUCCCAUUCCUGAUAUCUGCAAAGCGGCUACAUGGUCAUCUGAACACACGUUUGCAAAACACUAUGCUCUCACGCAAAACACCACGGCAGACACAAUAGUAGGCAAUACAGUACUAUCUUCAAUACUCCCUGCCGCAUCUCCAAAGUC